AUGAGUCAAGACCAAGCCUAUGUGCCAUACUUGCCAACAAUUAGCUUUGGGAAGACCACCAAAGCCGUUCUAUACGAGCAGAGCAGGUGGCUGUGGGUUAACAACCAAUUGGUCGAUGACAUGAAGAUCCAACAGCCACAUUUCCUAUGGCUACUUGAAAGAGCCAAUAUACCAGCAGCUGUCGUGGGAGAUCUAUUUCAUAAAAAUAGAAGGCAUUUCUUUGGCGUCGAUGACUUUGGUGGUGCCCCGGGAGAGGAUCCCACGUCAAUGUACAUAUGCAUGCGAACCCCGUCUUCGAGGUCCGAGUCUGCUAUACCAACGACCUUCUCGCUGCUUCUUGGAAUAUCUAUGCAGACAAACUCGGCAACAUGUAUUAUCAUCACGAGCGACAUCGAUAAAGCCAAUAUCAUUAUUGGAGCUCUGCAGCGUGACUAUCAUUUAAUAAGCGCCUAUCCUCUCUAUGCACUGAAGAUAUUCUGCGAAGAACUAAGCAGGACCAUCUACUCCAAUCGUGCCCACGAUGUUUUCGAGGCAAUACACAGCUUCAACAGAGUGCGACAAGGACUGGUCACGAUAGAAUACGACCUCAAAUUCGAAGUGGAUGUUCUUCGCUUCACGCAAGAUACGAUUGCGAAGUAUCAGGAUAUGCAACACAUGCCUCAGUGCCCGGGGGCCUCAUGGAGGGCAAUGCGCGGCAGGAUCACGAAUCUCAAGGAUGCGGCUAGAUUCCGUCUGUGGAGGCUAGAAGGAGUAGAGAAGUCAACGACACAUAAUGUGGAAAUUCUUAACAGCUAUAAUUCUCGAAAUAAUUCCAAACUGCACCUCAAUAUCGCCGAGACCACUCGAGACGACAGCAUCUCGCUCAGGAGGAUAGCCGUUGUCACGAUGGUAUUCCUUCCCAUCACGGUGGUAGCUACGAUCUCCGGGAGCAAUGCAAUUGAUUUCGCAAAGCGGGAAAUCGGGGGCGGAGUGACGGCAUGGAAGUACUGGUGGGUGUUCCUCCUAGUCGCUAUCACCUUGACCUUGGCAGUAUCAGGUCACUUCCUGUAUCAGGAGAUAAGCCGAGUCUAUCAGGGACUCGUGGGCCGAGAGCCGAUUGAUAUAGAGUUGGAACAGGGCAGUGACAAUGAGCAGAGUACUAAUUCAAGAGAGAACAAGAAAGUGUAUCGAUCCGUGUGGUCUCAUUGGAAUCUGAUACGGCAGGUGGUAGGGCGAGAUGCGCGGCCGGUUAAGAGCACCUAG